AUGCAGGAGACGGCCAUUGAGGCAAAUGCAUUUCAUUUGAGCAGCGUCAUGAGUGCUUGUGAGAAAGCAUCGGCAUGGCAACAAGCCUUGGGUAUGUUCUUCGGGUGCAGUGCUUCAGUAGACCUGGACACUGUGUGUUUCAACUCGGCCAUCAGCGCUUGUGGCAGAUGUGUGCAAUGGCCAACUGCGCUACAGCUGCUCGAUAUGCUUUCGGCAAACUCCCAGCCCAACACAGUCAGCUACAACUCAACCAUCAGCGUUUGCGGCAAGUCCAGCUGCUGGGCAAGGGCGCUGUGGACCUUCACAAGCAUGCGUGGUGCGAGGAUUGACCAAGACCAAAUCAGCCAUAAUGCCGUCAUCAGCGCCUUUGGGGAAGCGGGAGAGUGGGACCGAGCCCUGAUGCUGCUGACAUCAAUGAGCCAACACCAGCUGGCCCCAGAUGUCGUCAGCUAUGGAGCCGCGAUCAGUGCUUGCGAGAAGGGGGGUCAGUGGGAGGCAGCGUUGGCCGUCCUUCAGUCCUUGCUCGAAGACCGCUUGGCUCCUUCAGAUAUUUGCUGGAACGCGGCGAUCAGCGCUUGUGAGAAGUGCGGGCAGUGGCAGGGUGCUUUGUUGCUUCUGGAUUCCAUGCCCAGCGCUGGGGUGACUGCAGAUGUUGUGAGUUUCAAUGCUGCAAUCAGUGCUUGCGAGAAGGGCGGGCGUUGGCAACAAGCCUUGGCACUUCUGCAUUCCGCGCCGCGCGCGGAGGUCAUUACGUUCAAUGCAGCCAUCAGUGCAUGUGAGAAAGCUGGUCGCUGGCAGCAUGCGCUGGCCCUGCUGGCUUUCAUGCCUGAAAAGAGCAUCCGACGUGACGUGAUCACCUACAACUCGGUGAUGGCAGCACUGAAGAAAGCCGGCCAGUGGGAGACGACGAUGCAGCUGAUGCAGCUCAUGUGCGCAGCCGGCAUGCCCUUGAGAACAUCGACAUACGCGAGGGGCUAA